UCACUCUCUCUGUCUCUCUGCCCCUUUUAAUUUCCAGUUUUCCUCUUGCACUGUCCUCUUGUUUUCACUACUUCUGAUAUAAUCAAGACUGGCAAGAAUUACACCAAAGCAUAUGAGACCAUCAUCCUUCUUUGCAAAAAGGAGAAGAUCAAAAUUGGAACUUGUUUGGCCAAUCGAUUAGGAUGUUACUAUAAGAAAGACUGUGGCAGGGAGUACAUGUUGAUGAAACUGAUUUGUUCAGCGAGCUCAAACCAGAGCAGUCAUGCUCAUGAGUACCCAGACUGCCAAGAAGGGGGUAAUGAAGCCAGCCUGCUGGUGUCCCCUCUGGUGGUGGCUGGCAUCGUCAUCGGGCUGGUGCUCUUCCUCUCCUGCGUCACCAUCAUUGUGGGCAGUCUGCGCAAAGACAGCCGACUGCGCAACCCCCACCUGCGUGCCAGCUACGCUCCAGAUGGCCUCUCAUAUGGUGGCUCCAUUGGAGAGCUGAGGUCCACUUGUGUUGAGGACUUUCCCCCUGCUUUUGACUUUGACUCCUAUGUGGAGACACUGUCUCAAGUCAACAUCAUGUACCCAGAUUCCCCACCUCAUUACGAUGAAUGUGUGGGACAAGGGACGCAAAUAUAUAUUCCUACGGACGAUCCACCCCCCUACUCCCUCACAGACCCGUGUCGUGCACACUAUCACAGAGAGACGGAGGAUCUGCCCGCUGGUGCUUCCUGGGUGUCUGCAAGCAGCUCUUCCCAAUACCCAACCAGACUACAGGACUUCAGACCCCAGCCGAUCGCCUCCAUCUCUUUGUCAGCCUUACCUUUUGAAGAAGCGCCCCCAUACGAAGCAGUAGUGUGUGAACAAAACCAGCCCCUUCCACUGAUGCCCCUGGAUCUGCUCAAACACACUACAGCGGACAGCAGUCCUCAGGACAGCGUUUCCCACAGGAUCCUGUAAUCCUGACCUCUCUAGCACACUCAUGCGUCACCUGUACCAAACCAGCUUUGAGAGGGACUCUUUUGUGUGGCUGAGGUCUCCCUGAGUCAAGAGCUGAAACCGACACCUGCAGAAGCCCACAAUUACCUCUCACUUCACCUGACGCAGACACUGCACCUCCUGUUUUAUCUGACAAAGCGGGAGCCGCCAUGAGAGCACAGGGCUAUCGACCACUUUUUUUGUGCGUCACCUCACCUUUUGCUUAUGGUGUAAUUAUAUGUCAACGUGCGUCUUCUCUUACUGAUAGACUUAUUGAUGAUUUCAACUUCACAAACACCACAGCUAAUUUUGGAUGGCCUGACUUUAAAAAAGAGCAGAAAGCCUCCCAAUAAACAUCACCUGGAGAAAUUUACGUGGGAAUAGAAAUGUACCUUUCUUUUUUAGUGUGACAAUUUGAGCGUGGUCCCUGCAUGAGUGACUAUUUCCACAUGACUAUCUCUUACAACCUUUUUUUCUUCUUUUUUUCCCAAUUUAGCGUUGGUUUUAACUAUUUACGUUUUGUAAUCUGUAAAGUUUUUUUUUAAGACAAUAUUUUGUACAUUUCAUAGAAUAACUAGCAAAUAUGAGAAAUUACCUUUAAAGCAAUUUGAAUGUCAUCAGAUGAUCGAUAUAUGCUUUUUAUCCAUACUUUUCUACACACAAUUUAUUUGCUAUCAGUGGUUCUCAACCAGAGGGUAAAUUCCAGCCCCAAAAGUCCUAUAAUUAUUUAUAUUAACAUAAUAUUAAUUAAAAUAUUGAAAAAAACAAACAAAAAAUUUGAUAUACAACAUUAAACUGACAUUAUAUAUUUUUUAAAGUCACCAUGAAGUCAAAAUUGACAAUUCAUUUUUUUUAUGGAAUAUUGCUCUAUUAAUUACACAUGAUUUAUCCGUGCACAUCAUUAUUAUAAUUAUUUUUUUAUUUUGUGUGCCCCCUUAAUCUUUAAUCAAAAUAACUUUCCCUCCCUCUUGCAGCAACAUCUCUUCUCUUCUCUGAUGACGAGAGCGGGACAAUCUGUCACUCACAUGACGUCAAAGCAAUAGCAAACCACAACGAUCCGAUCCAUUCCCGAUGGACAAAAAUCAAGUCCUGCCCCUUUUUCUUGUUCAAUAGGCCAUUUCCCUCAGAUAUGUCACAGUAAGGAAGAAAAACUAUCGCAACUUCCAUUUCAUGCCAUAUUAAGUUUAAUUAUUGUCUUGGACAAAGAAG